AUGGAGAGACCCAGAUGCAAGCUCUGCUUCAGGACCUUCGCCAACGGCCGAGCUCUGGGCGGCCACAUGAAGGCCCAUCUGGCCAGCCUCAAGAUUCACCGGACCCACGUCGCCGAGUCGAUCACCUCGAGGAGCGUCAAGUGUGCAGAUCCCGAGUUCUCCUUCUCCGGCGGUUCCGGGUUCGCCGUCGUGCAGGACCGAGAGAGCGAGACCGAGUCGAGGAACCCGACCCGGAGGCGAUCCAAGCGGACCAGGAGGAAGCUGGGCGGCUGCGACGACAAUGCAGAGGACGAGAAGCAGAGGAAGCAGAAGCUGAAGCCGAGCCUGCCGAGCUCGCCGGCCGAGCCGGAGCCGGUGAGCUCGGUGUCCGACACUUCGCCGGAAGAGGAUGUCGCCAUGUGCCUCAUGCUGCUCUCGCGGGACAAGUGGAGGAGAAAACGUCGCGAUGGUGAUGAUCAUGAUCGUGAAGAAGUUGAGGAGGGCCAAAAGGGUAAUCUGAUGGGGAAUGAAGCUGAGAGGAAGCACCACCAGUGCGAGGUGUGCAAGAAAGUGUUCAGAUCUUCACAGGCAUUGGGUGGGCACAGAGUGAUUCACAGGAAGUCUGUUGGGUUGAUGGGUUGUGACAAGAAGAGGCAAGAAGAUGAGAGAGAGAGGCGUGAUGGUGGUUGGAGCAAGGAAAUGGUUAUGGCGCGCAAGAAAGAGAGGGUCUACGAGUGCCCGUUCUGCGGGAGGGUGUUUGGGAAUGGACAGGCUCUCGGUGGGCACAAGAGAUCUCACAUGAUGGGAUUAGGAGGAUCAAGUGUCGGUGGUAAUGGCGAUGGUGCUCAGAGCUCCAGGUCUAAAGUCUCGGCCAAUUUGUUAGAUCUCAACCUGCCUGCUCCAGCGGAGGAGGAUAACUUCAGUGUAGUGUCUGAUGAUGGAGAAUUCACCCAACCCAUCAAGAAUUGA